AUGUCUUCUAUGCAUUUCGUGGUCCAUCCUCUGCCUGGAACAGAGGAUCAAUUAAUAGACAGGUUAAAAGAAGUUUCUGAACGUUGGAAUAGAUAUGGGACAGGUGCUGGAUCUUCGGCACUGAGCACCCUGAGGGGCGUGCGCGCCGUUACAGCUGGGCCAGCUCAUAUCGCUUGUUUACUUGAUGAUGGCUCAAUUUGCCGUGCCGCCUUCUCCAUCAUCCCCGACAGGCUCGACCUGAGUAAGGCGGAUGCCAGCAAGAACGGCGGAAAUGGGGGAGGGGGCAGUGGCGGUGGAGGAACCAGUGGGGGUAAACAAGGAGGCAGCGGUAGCAGCUGCGGUUCUAGGCAGCAGCCGCGCACUAGAGCUCGUAUUAUGAGGAAUUCAAUUCGCGCUGCGCCAAGCUCACAAGGAUCGACCAGCCGCGCUCCUGGCGUGAUCAUAGGCGCAUCUUCGAGUUCCGGUCGCGUCGUGCCCGUUCCGGCGCCAUUUGUGCCUGAGGAUCUGGUUACACAAGCGCAAGUCGUCCUUCAAGGAAAGAGUCGUAGCCUCAUUAUAAGGGAAUUACAGCGCACGAAUUUGGACGUGAACCUGGCGGUGAACAACCUGCUUUCGCGCGACGACGAAGAAGGGGAGGAGCCGGAGGGCGGCGAGGGGGGCGACGGUUACGUGCCGGAGGACCUCAUUUCGCUGCUUGACGGUGGCUUCCAUGCCACCCAGCAGGACCACUCCGUGAUCAUCGACGCCGAUGCCAUGUUCUCCGAGGACAUCUUCGGGUACGCGGCCAUCAGAAGUCGAAAUGGCGGCGGCGGUGGUGGCAGUGGCGGCCGCGCCGGGGCUAGUCGAGAGAGCAGCAGCUCCACUCAAGAGCGACCCUCAGAGUUCAGCAGAUGGCGCGAGCGACAGUACUUCGGGCCACGCAGGUGGCUCGAGUCCGCUCUCCGCGACACAUCUUGGGACAAGGAUGGAGUUGAGAAUAAGAAAAAAGAUUCGGCAAUGGCAGCGUCUCCACUGUGGGUCUCGGAAGAAUUGGAGUAUUGGGAUAGCAACAUUCGCUUCACCCAUAUAGCCGCUACAUACAGUGAACUGAUAGCCAUUUCAACUCACGGACAAUUGCACCAAUGGCGUUGGGCUGACUCUCACCCUUACCAACGUAAUGAUUGUUCCGGCGCUAAUAGUAUAUAUCAUCCUCGUGGUAAUUGGCUUGGGAUGAUGUCAGGCGAGCGGAUAAUUAAUAUAAGCGCCGCGGGAAUUCGUGUCUCCGUUCUUACUGACACUGGCAGAAUUGCCACUUUCCUUGAUGAAUCUAUUGCUCAUGCGCCCGGUGCACCGCGGUUAGAGCACCCUUUGCAGACAUUCUCCGAGUUUGGAAAUGAGAAGGCAAUUUCAUUGCACUCUUGUUCACUCUAUACUGUGGCAAGACUUGAAUCGGGAGCCCUCUACUGGUGGGGUGUGCUACCUCUCGGCCAGCGCGCCAGAUUGUGGGAGAAGCACCGUGCACGUUCCCGUAAACAACAGCGCGGGCAUUCAUCCACGGCUCCACAAGAUCUGCAAGCCGGCCAAAGCGUUACAAUGAAAAAUGCACCCAUGUACCAGCCAGGAGCAAUUGGUUUUAAUAUGUCAUCUGGAGUACCGAAAGUUGGCGUGCUACAAAAUGCUGCUUGGAAUCUAUCGGACAUGUGCCGUUUUAAACUUCUGCCGCCACCUCAGCUUGAUCGUUCAGUCUCUGACAAGGAUAAGAGAGACAUUCAGAAUCAAUCUCCACUGACUGUUUCAUCUGUAAAGGCAUCUUCUUCUGGUGGAAGUGGAAAGGACAGUAGUAAAGAUAGUAACAAGGAUAUGGCAGAUCGCCUGGAUAUGCCACCACCACCGAGCCCUGCUUCAUCUACUUGCAGUGACACAAGUACUUCACACAAACGUGCCAAACGGGUUACUGUCCGUGGCGAAGAAGGCUCAUCCAAUGAUGGUUCUAAACGUGACGAAGAAGAGUGGCCGCUGAAAGAAGUGGUCUUUCUCGAGGACGUUAAAAGCGUGCCACUGGGCCGCGUGCUUAAAGUUGACGGAGCUUAUGCCGCAGUGCGUUUUCCGACUGUGGGCAAGGAUGGAAAGGAAGUCACACCUACGGCACCAGAUGAUUGGACAGCUUUACUUCAAGACUGUCGCUUAGUGCGCAAAGAUGACUUGGUGGCGGUCAAGUGGGGCGCCGGAAGUGGUUCGGGCUCCCGCGGCCCAGAUUGCCUGCAACGCUCGCCCAGAAAAGUCGCUUUGCCACCAGAGUUGCAAGUUAUUACCAUUGCUGUGGACAGUCGCGGUGUCCAUGCUGUCGUCCGCCGCCCUGGCGGUGCGCUAGCUUAUGCUGUGUACGCAGUGGGCGCAACUCGAGCUCUCACAGAUAGCACUUUUCCAACUGACCACACCGCUUUACUUGGUCACACCAAUGGGCUUGGAAUUCAACUCGCUACUGCAGCUGAGGGCAGCGAGGCGGUGGUCAUGAUGGCGGACGGCAACGGCGCGCUGUACCCGAUCGCACGCGACUGCGUCGGCAUGGUGCGCGAACCGCCGCCGCUGAAUCUGCCGCCGGCGCGUGCACUCGCCGCGCACGCCCUGCCGCUGCAGCCGCACGGCUCUGCUCACUCGCACCACGCCGCGCUCAAGUCGCAGGUGGCGCUUAUCAUAAUAGUGCCAGAACCACAGCUAAUGAUGCCCAGAGUGCUUCGCUGUGAUCUUGAUGGAGUACGUCAGCUGCUGCAUUUACUUGAAUCUGACAACAACAAACAACAGAUACUUUCCAUCCUUCAAGAGCGCUGUGAUGGCAAUAGAAACAUACUUCAUGCUUGUGUACACAUGUGUGCACCUACUUCCAACAAAGAACCUGAUAUAGUAGAAAAUUCUUCAAUGCCGAAUGUACCCAGUGGUACAAGUUCGAGUGGAGCGAAUGCCGAAGAGGCCGUGCCAGCUAUAUCUUGGCCCCCGGAAACUUUCGAAGCAUCUGGUGAUGAAGAUAGUUUGAUGGGACUUACCAAUAACAGUAAAAUUUCAAGUGGAGGUGCCAACGGCUCUGGCGUCGUGAGUGCUGAUCCCGCCGAGCGACGUGGGAAUGCUCUCGCCGCUUUACGAGCAUUGUGCGAAAGCUCUGUCCUACAGCCUUAUCUCAUUCAAUUACUCGUCGCUAAGGAUGGAAUGGGCCAAACUCCAUUGAUGGCAGCGGUCGCAGAACGUGCCUAUCGCGCUGCCCUCGUCCUGUUGGACGCGAUCCGUUCUUGCCCAGACGCAGACGAAACUCAACGGUCAGCAGCCAUUUUCCCGCCAAACGCACAUUCUGAUCAUUCACCACUUCUGGUGCUCUGCUGCAAUGACACCUGCAGUUUCACUUGGACUGGACAGGAGCAUAUUAAUCAGGAUAUAUUUGAAUGCAAAACCUGUGGGCUUACAGGGUCUCUUUGCUGCUGCACUGAGUGUGCUAAGGUUUGCCACAAAGGCCAUGACUGCAAGUUGAAACGCACAUCGCCCACAGCGUAUUGUGACUGCUGGGAGAAAUGUAGAUGCAAAGCCCUGGUGGGAGGCAAUUGGGCAGCCCGUUGCGAUCUUUUAGCGAGACUUGCAAAAGACACCCAACUCGCUACGCACUUCAACUCAAGGGGCGAGUCGAUCCUGCUGUUCCUCGUGCAGACGGUCGGCCGGCAGGCGGUGGAGCAGAGGCAGUUCCGCGCCGGCGGCGGUCGGGGCCGCGGGCCGCGGAAGCAGCCCGGCUCCGACGCCGAAGUGGACGCGCCGGACCACGACCUUGAGCCACCGCGCUUCGCCCGCCGCGCUCUCCUGCACUUGCUCGGUGACUGGGCGGCGGUGGAAGCUGCCGUGAUGUGCGGUGCGAAUUCCGGCGACGGUGACACCCGCCCCGGCAGUCCCUCUCUCAACCAAUCCGGCACCACGUUGCUCGACAAAUUUACACACGCGCUCAUCGUUAAGUGCACGAAUGAGAUGCUUGAUACACUGUUGCAUACAUUGAUAAGAGAGCAACAGAACGACUCUAUACCGGGGCGCAUUGAGCGUGCUCGCGAAGUGGCGCGCCGAUUCGUGCGCUCCGUAGCAAGGAUUUUUGUUAUUUUCAGCGUGGAAAUGGCUCCAGGCGCAGCGAAGAAAAAGGGACCUCUGUCGAUAACAUCUUCACUCGUCCGCUGCCGCCGUGUCUUCGCCGCUCUGGUGGCGCUCGCGGUGGAAGAACUUGUGGAGGCAGCGGAUGCCCUGCUAGCUCCAGUACGUCUCGGCGUGGUUAGACCGACGGCGCCGUUCCCACUCGCCACCACAUACGUCGAUCUGGUCAAUGGCAGCGAAGAUUUAUUCGGCGUCGAGCCACUCUCGACGGGACAUACACGACUUGGCCACUCCCGCAGAGAGUCGAACGCGGGCGGUGGUCGCGGCGCGAACGCCGUCGGCGCGUCCAUGGGCAGCUCGACCCUGGCCCCGGACCGCUCGUCGACGCCCGUGGCCACGGAGUACGCGGACGACGUCGCCGGCGAGGCGCUCGGCGGCGACGACGACGCCUCCGAGACGGACGAGCCGAACAUACAGGCGCCGGUGCCAGCCGCCGACGCGCAGCACGACGACGCUAUGGGCGAAAGGGGACAAGAACAACAUGUAGUGGUCGAAAACGGAACCGAACGUGCCGAGGGUGGUGAAAGCGAGAGUGAACUUGAUUUACUGGCCGAAGUGGAGACAGAAAGUGACUCUGACGAUCAGGACAAUGCCGAGUCAGCUCAACGUAGCGUGCAGACGGGCGCAACUCAAGGUUCCGACGCCGGUAUAGCAUCGCUGCUAAUGUAUCCAGAGGACGAGAGCGGCGACUCGACGCAGCCGGAGGACGAGGAUUCGGAGGCCGGCGAGACGGACGAGCAGGACGGCGAGGCGGAGCCGCCGCUGCACGACGGCGAGCCGCUCGAGAGACGCGCCGCGCCGCCCGCCAGGCCGAACCUCGCGCCCCACUCUAUGCAGUGGGCCAUACGUUCCCGAGAGACCGCCCGCGGCACAACUAGCAGCACCGGCGGCGUGCGCCUGACUGGCGGCUCUUCGCUGGUGUUCAUCGACCCGGCGUCCCUGCGCCGGUCGGCUGCCGCCGCCGCAGCGGUAGCGCACGACCCGCACUCGACCUCAACUACCGCCUCUUUUCUGGCCCGCGCUUUCGGUAUCGUCAUCCGUCAAAUCGCGGAUCUACUUUGGGAGUACGAACGUAUAACUCUACCCUUGCCACGAUUAGUGCCGUUAGCUUAUCGUGAGGCUCUUCGCUUGCAAUGCUAUCUUGAACGUCAAUUGAAGCCAACAUGGGACUGGCUAGUCACUGUCAUGGACGCCACAGAAGCACAACUGAGAUUUGGCGCAUCCUUAACAUCAAACAACUUGGGCAAUGCAAACGUCGAUCAAAGCCGGACGAAUGCAACGACAACUCGGCGCACUACAUCCUUCACAUCGCCCGCCACUCGGAUUAUUGGUUUCUCCGAAGGGCCGAGAGCUCGUGAUCGUGAACAAGGCGUGGAGGCCGGCAGCGCGCGACGCGAGUUCCUCGCGUACUGCCUGUCGCUGCUGCGCGCCCACAGCGCCGAGCACGCCGAACAGCUGCCCGUGUUGGACGUGGCCGCGCUCAAGCACGUCGCCUACGUACUGGACGCGCUCGUCUACUACAUGCGCGCCGCCCAGCCGCAGCCGCACCACCACCCGCAUCUCUGGACUCCGGACGAGAAUGAGAACGAGGAAGGCGAUGAGGAGAUGGUGGUCGGAGGGGGGACUAAUGAGUCCGAUGGCGAGGGCGAAAGCACACGUGGGCGCACGCACGCUUUCUUCCAGCGCUCAGACUCCACUCUCUGCUUGGGCUGCCCGCCGCCCGACCCCUUCAACAUGACUAUGCAAGACGCGUUGCCGCUCGCGGACCAGCCGCAGCUGCUGCAGCCGAACGCGCGCCGCGAGGAGCUGUUCGGGAUGCCGCGGCAGCCCGUCACCGUUCCGCCCACCGGCGACACUCCACCCGGCGCCAACAACCCGCUAGAAGGUAUUCAUCAUUGUACAUGCUGCAUACAUGAUAGAAAAGUAAAACCGCGGCUGGUCUCUCCCCCCGCCCGCCCCGCAUCGGCGCCGCCCACCCACCCUCACACCAUGACCCGUGACGAGCCACAGGAUUUGUCCUGUGCUAAGGAAAAUGUUACAAAAAUGGACAUCGACACCGACGGCGAAUAUCUAUCCGAUUCGGAUUCUAAUGAGGCGCGACAGAUUCAGAGGAAGAAGCACCAUAGACAUCCGCACGCGACGGCGUCUGGCAGUAGCUCCCGUCGGGACACAAGCUCGCAGCCUUCGGAAUUCCAUACACUCGUGGACACCGCUUGCUCCAUAAUAGAAGCACCACACCAACAAACCAUAACCUCUCCUAAAGCCGGGCCGAGUGGUUCAGGAAUGGGUCAAGAACCACGCGCUUCGUCGUCUCGCAGCCCUGGCAAGACCGUUAUUGGUGAACUGUUGAGUGUAGCAGAUCCUCUAGAAUCCCAGGAGAUUUCGGCACAUGUGACAGUGGAGACAACAGGUCUGCCAUCGUCCUCGUUGUUGCCGCCGCAAGUGUUGAACGCACCUGCUCAAGCUCGCACUUGCCCGUCCCUCGGCGCGUCGGUGUCGCACGACCUGUUGUUGGGCCGUUGGCGGCUGUCGCUGGAUCUCUUCGGGCGCGUGUUCACUGAGGACGUGGGCCUCGAGUCGGGCUCCGUCGUCGCCGAGCUAGGCGGUUUCCCGGUGAAAGAGGUCAAGUUCAGGCGCGACAUGGAGAAGCUGCGCAACUCUCAGCAGAAGGAUUUGACUUUACAUAAGAUGGAGCGUGACCGUGCCAAGCUGCUGCAGCAGACUUUCGCGGAGUUGAAUAGCGCCUUCGCCGGGCAGAACAGACGCGCGCACAGCGCCCAGCCACCGCUGGCCGUCAACCGCGUGAAGGUUACUUUCCGCGACGAGCCGGGCGAGGGCAGCGGCGUUGCCCGCUCAUUCUACACAAGCGUUGCCGAGGCAUUGCUAGCUAAUGAAAAACUACCACCCCUUGAACCGACAUCAGGCAGCGGAGUGAAUAGCAGCUCUGCCAAUGGCACUUCGGGCUCAGGCAGUGCAAACGCCGGAGCCGCCAGCAGCAAUAGUGGCACCCGUGGAGCUGGAAGGGCCCGCGCGAAAGACACAGCGAGACGGGCGCCGGGACGAGCCGCGCCGCGCCCACCUGCCGCGCGCGAACCUCGACGCGUAUUGAGCGUCGACGCGCGGCCAUAUUCGCCGCAGGCUGCACCGGGCACAGAGGGAGCUGGCUACAGUGGAGACAGACCUGGUGGCCAUAACGAUCAUCUGACUCUCCAUCAGGCACAACUCGGCGAAAGACUUUAUCCAAGAGUGCACUCUCUACAUCCAACAUUUGCCGGCAAGAUAACCGGCAUGCUGUUAGAGCUGGCGCCCGCACAACUUCUCGUACUACUAGCCAGUGAGGACGCGCUAAGACAGAAGGUGCGCGAAGCAAUGGAUCUCAUAGUCUUGCAUCCUUCAGAAGCCAUUUUAGACCUGGACGUAUUCUCGCUGUCGGAGCGCGGCGGUGGCGGCGGGGCAUUGGGCGCGGGCCCGUCCGGCGCGGCGGCCGACGACGCGGCGCCGCUCUUCUACGCGCCCGGCAAGCGCGGCUACUACUCGCCGCGCCAAGGUCGCGCUACCUCCGAACGCAUCAAUGCGUUCCGCAACGUUGGCAGAAUCAUUGGGCUGUGUUUACUGCAAAAUGAACUAUGCCCGAUGUUCCUGAAUCGGCACGUACUGAAGUACAUAUUGGCCAGGCCAAUACGCUUCCACGACUUGGCGUUCUUCGAUCCAGUCGUCUACGAGAGCCUGCGACAACUCGUCGUUGAUGCUGAGACAGGCGAUUCUCACUCACUAUUCGCUGCGCUUGAUCUCAACUUUAGUUUGGAAAUGUGUGAAGAAGAAGGCGGUGGUUGUGUGGAACUAGUGCCAGGUGGUCGCGAAAUCGAAGUUACCGCACUCAACGUGUACGAUUAUGUGCGCAAAUAUGCACAGCACCGCAUGGUACACUCACAAGAGAAGGCAUUGGAGGCAAUACGCGUAGGUGUGCUUGACGUUUUGCCUGAGUCUGCUCUAGAAGGUUUGACCGCCGAAGAUCUGAGGCUUCUAUUGAAUGGAGUUGGUGAUAUCAAUGUCGCUGCUUUAGUGUCUUACACAAGCUUUAAUGACGAGAGCGGCGAGCCUCCAGAGCGACUUGUUCGGUUCAAGCGUUGGCUUUGGGCUAUUGUUGACAAGAUGACUCAUCUUGAGCGACAGGAUCUGGUUUAUUUCUGGACUGGUUCACCGGCGCUACCAGCAUCCGAAGAAGGCUUCCAGCCGAUGCCCUCGGUGACCAUCCGGCCGGCGGACGACGCCCACUUGCCCACCGCGAAUACCUGUAUUUCACGGCUGUAUAUCCCGUUGUACUCUUCACGCCACGUACUCAAGCAUAAACUGCUUCUCGCUAUCAAAACUAAAAAUUUCGGCUUCGUG